AUGGAGUUUUCCAGCUUCUCAAGCGGGACCAAACGUGCUGUGAAGACUUGGCAAGAAGAUACAAAUGGAUCUGCAGUUACUUCUGCAACAGAAAUUUCAGAGGUCCAGCAAACACUUGUGAAAGAAGGUGUUACAGAAGUAGAGAUAUCUGAGCAUCGUGUUUUUCUCCUUGGAGAGAACCGCUGGGAAGAUUCUUCUAAACUUAGCAGGAACCAAAAAAAAGGAGGUGAAAGCAAGACAAUGAAUACCACAACAAGGUGUUUUACUUGUCGAGGGGAGGGUCGCUUAUUGUGCACAGAAUGUGAUGGAACAGGCGAGCCAAACAUUGAAGAACAGCAGUUCUUGGAUUGGGUGGAAGAAGGAGCAAAAUGUCCAUAUUGUGAAGGUCAUGGGUUUACAAUUUGCGACGUAUGUGAAGGGGCAACAGUAGCUUAG